AUGCAGCCCACGGCGUUGGAGCCCACGCCGCUGUCCAGCGACAAUGGACCCCUCAAAUCCGCCUUCGGGGAGGUGGUGCACCGCGGUUGGCUCAACCUCAAGACGCGCAGUAUGGUCAACGUGCGACCGAGACACAUGCGCUACUGUAUUCUAACGCGGGACACGCUGCUGCUCAGCACUUUCAAGUUCCAGCCCAGCACUGGCGAUCUGCAGUCCGGGCUGGUCAAGCCACUACGCAGCUACAAGGUACUGGGUGUGGCGCCCUGGGAUGGCCGCCGCUUCGCCUUCCUCGUGAGUGUCAAGCAGGUGGACGACCAUGCAGACAAGGUGCUAGAGAUUGACGGCCCUACCGCUACAGCGGCUAGUGACUGGAUCCAUCAUUUGCGAGUUCUGACGAGUCAUGACGAGGAAGAAUGGCCGCCUAACACGACGUCGCUGGCUUCGCUUGGAGGAAGCGACCAGAGCUCCGACUCGCCCUCGGACGCGACCACGUUGUUCAGUAAUGACAAGAAGGAAGCCAAUCUGUGGGUGAAAGGCGCGUCGGUGCAUCGUGGUUUAUUGAAUGCUUCAGGAGAGAAUAAUUGCUUCUUGAACGUGGUCAUCCAGAGCUUCUGGCAUUUGACAUCUAUGCGGCAUUUCUUGCUGCAUGUAGAGGUGAAGGAUGAAUCUCGUACCGUGGAAUCCAAUGUGCUUCGAGCACUGAAAUCGAUGAUGACGGAGUAUGACGACACGUCCAGUGGAGUGCUGCACUCUCGCGCUAUUCGUAAGGGAUUGAGUGUGCUAUACGCAGCUGACAAGAACUUCCAGGAAGGAGCGAUGUACGACGCCGAAGAGACUCUACUGGCUCUGUUGAAUCUGAUGCAUCAGCAGACAGAAGCAACACAGAUCGAAGAAACACACAAGACAACGAUAAUGGUAAAGUCGCUGGUCAGACUUGUCAGCGCUGACACGUAUGAGGAGAAACCACAAGCUGUCUUCGAUGACAACAGCAUUCCACAUUUGGUGUUCUCACACCAGAUUUAUGACAGAUAUGUGUGCGGUACUUGCAACCACAGCUCACCGUGGGAUCUGUACUCUAACCUCGUGUACUCAACCUACGCGAGCGACUUGUAUGCGUGCAAGUAUGAAUCUACCGAGCAGAUGUUCCGUCGACUCACAGCUCAGGAAGCCGAUGUGGCGUCUAAAUGUGAGCAAAAAGGCUGUGGAGGAAAGCUUGGAAAGGAGCGAGUGAUCCACCGCUUCCCCAUGGUAUUCGCAGUGUCGAUUCUCUGGGCCACGCAGAACGCGACUAAGGAACAGGUGCAGGGAGUGCUGGAGAAUAUCGACGACCGCUUGGAUCUGGCCAAGUGCUUCGACGCCGCUGGACCGGUCAUCCGAUUCAAGAACGGUGGUCUACGUACGACAUACCGCUUGCGAGGCUUCGUCUGCUACUAUGGACGUCACUACGUGGCUCUAUUUUACAGUACAGCGCACAAAAUGUGGUUACUGUUCGACGACUCGCGGGUGCUUGAGAUGGGAUCCUGGAGCAACGUGGUCUCGGAGUGUCUGAAGGGCCGAUUUCAGCCCGUUCUGCUGUUCUACGAACUACCAGAUCAACGCAAGGACUCAUCUGUGGGCAUCUUUGUUAAUGAUGGCUCACUUAAUGUGGAUCGACCGAAAAGCUUGUCUGUCGGCUCGCAGCAAGGUGAGUUGAUGCCUCCGCCCAUCCAGGAGGAAUCUCCUGAUAUUGAGCGGCCAUCGCUGAGACGACAGGAUGACGCAGAGCUUCACAGUGUUGAUGAAGAGCAAGCAACACUCUCGAGCGGACGAGGAACACACACAGUAACAGAGCUGGAGACCAACCCUGACAUCGAACUGGAGGAGCUGAGUCUUCGUGACUCAAUUACACAAAACAUCACACCUGUAUCUGCUGCUAUCGCCAUGUGUCCUCGCUCCAUCUCCAUGAAUUCUCCUUUGGGCGAGGACGAGUACGACGUGCGCUUCGGCGAGGCUCUACUUCUUGGGAUGUACCUAGAGAAGAUAGACAACGAGUUGUGUGUGACCAGCUUCCCUCGCGGAGCCAAGGGCGGCAUGUUUGGCGCCGAAAAGUGCGGCCAAAUCGGUCUCUUCGACACCAUUCUGCAGGCCAACGGACAUCCACUUCAACACUACCAGGUGGAUCGAGCACUGAAGAUGAUUAAGGCUCAGACUCGCCCGCUGGUAAUUCGAUUCCGCAAGUCUAAACGAGUGCAGCAAUUACUCGACAUGGGCUUCUCUCGCGAGCUGGCAGUCGAGGCAUUGCAGAAGAACAAAGGUGACGUGCAAGCUGCUGCCAAUUAUUGCUUCGAAGCGACCAGCGGUUGA